GUAACUGACAGGUCUUGAAUUCGCCCUGCAGUGCCCUGGGGGCCGUCAGAUGCCUGGUUACCUCUUUGCCAGGAUCUGCAGGCUGGGGAACGAAGCAGAAGUUGACGAUUUCUGCUGGUCUUUAUACUGAGGAAUGGUUCUUUUAGUUGGCUUUUGAAAAGAUCUGGUAGAAGAGAGGGAAGACAGCUUUAAUAGUGGAGCUGUGUUCUCUCCUCUGAAGUUACAGCCGCUGGGAGUCUAUCUCCCUCGGACAUGGCCACAAGCGGCUUUCACUUUGUACCAUGUGACACUAAACGGGCAUCCAGAAGACAGCUUGGAGCAUCUGCUGUGGGCAGUUCAUCAACCAAAGUGGAUCUCAAGAGUGGGCUGGAAGAGUGUGCAGAGGCAUUGAACUUAUUUCUAAGUAACAAGUUUAAAGAUGCCUUGGAGCUGCUUCGUCCAUGGGCCAAGGAGAGCAUGUACCAUGCCUUGGGAUACAGCACCAUUGUGGUCUUGCAAGCCAUCAUGACCUUUGAGCAGCAGGACAUCCAGAAUGGCAUUUCCGCCAUGAAGGACGCUUUGCAGACCUGCCAAAAAUACAGGAAGAAGUGCACGGUUGUGGAGUCUUUCUCAAGUCUGCUUUCUCGUGGGUCACUGGAGCAGCUGAGUGAAGAGGAAAUGCAUGCUGAAAUCUGCUACGCCGAGUGUCUCCUACAGAAAGCCGCGCUCACAUUUGUGCAGGAUGAAAAUAUGAUCAACUUCAUCAAAGGUGGACUCAAAAUUAGAACAAGUUACCAAAUAUAUAAAGAGUGCCUUUCUAUCCUGCACGUAAUUCAGAAGAACAAGCAGGAGCAGCACUUCUUCUAUGAGUUUGAAGGCGGUGUCAAGCUUGGCACGGGGGCCUUUAAUUUGAUGCUGUCUCUUCUACCAGCAAGAAUUAUCAGACUGCUAGAAUUCAUUGGAUUUUCUGGAAACAGGGACCUGGGCCUUCUGCAGCUGCGGGAAGGUGCGUCAGGAAGCAGCAUGCGGUCCCCACUCUGCUGCCUUACCAUCCUGGCUUUCCACACCUACAUCUCCCUUAUUCUCGGUACAGGAGAAGUGAACGUGGUGGAAGCAGAGAGUCUCCUGGCGCCCUUCCUUCAGCAGUUCCCCAAUGGUUCACUCAUACUGUUCUACCACGCCCGGAUCGAACUGCUGAAAGGCAAUGCUGAGAAGGCUCAAGAAACGUUUCGAAAAUGCAUUUCAGUUCAAGAAGAGUGGAAACAGUUUCACCAUCUCUGUUACUGGGAAUUAAUGUGGAUUUAUAUAUACCAGCAGAAUUGGAUGCAGGCGUAUUAUUAUUCAGACCUACUCUGCAAAGAGAGUAAAUGGUCCAAGGCAACAUAUGUGUUCUUGAAAGCUGCCAUUCUGAGCAUGCUUCCGGAGGAGGAGGUGGCAGUGACCAAUGAGAACGUGGUGGCUCUGUUCAGACAGGUAGACGGCUUGAAGCAGAGGAUCGCGGGGAAAUCUCUCCCAACCGAGAAGUUCGCUGUGAGGAAGGCACGCCGGUACUCACCCUCCUCAGGAGCCCCUGGGAAGCUCGUCUUACCUGCCCUGGAAAUGAUGUACGUUUGGAAUGGCUUUUCAAUAGUAGCCAAAAGGAAGGACCUUUCUGAAAAUCUCUUGGUGACUGUGGAGAAGGCUGAGGCGGCUCUGCAAGCUCAGAACUUUGCUGACUCUGUGGAUGAUGAGUGCUUGGUGAAAUUACUGAAGGGGUGCUGCCUCAAGAACUUAGAGCGACCCUUGCAAGCUGAGUUGUGUUUCAACCACAUUGUGGAAAGUGAGAAGCUACUGAAGUAUGACCACUAUCUGGUGCCGUUCACUCUGUUUGAGCUGGCGUGUUUGUAUAAAAGCCAAGGGGAUAUUGACAAGGCCAUAAAGACCCUAGAAACUGCAAGAAACAACUACAAAGAUUAUUCCUUGGAGUCCAGACUACACUUCAGGAUUCAAGCAGCCCUUCAUCUCUGGAAAAAACCAUCCUCUUCCUCAGACUGAUCAGAACGCACAGGCUGGAAUCCCCCCAGUUAACAUGGACUCUUGCUGUGGAGAUCAGUCCCAGUUAAGGUGGAAGCGAGAUCCUUCGAAUAAGAAAGGAAACUCUAUUGUCAGGCGCUUCCUGUCACCCGAGUGGCUUCCUGUUCCCCUAUGGAAUGGCAAUCAAUAUUGUAUAGAGAUUCUUAUAUUCUGCCUUUAAAAAGAAUUUCACAUUAGAUUUCAGUUGAGGGGUGAAGUCUUUUAAAAGACUGACAGGUACAAUAAAGUCUAGUUAGAUUA